UAUGCUUACAGAUAUACAGUCUUCCUGUUUUUAGAGCAUUUUAUGGUACUUGAAGAAAGCCUGCAGGGGAUAAGUGUCCCAGUUAUCAAGGAAUUAUCAUAUGAAUCACUACAGAUGCCGGCCGGAAGGCAUCUGCAGCUGAUAACAGAGCUCUGGAUCCGGCAUCUGAAGGCAAAACGGAGGCCAGGGCAAUGCAUGUGAGUAACGGCAAGCGGUCGCAGAAGAAGGCAAGGCAGUGUCAGGGUGUGCAAGACCUGGUACCACAGAGAAAUGGCUUUAUGGAUUUGGAUAUUGAGCAUCCUGAGCAACUCCUGCAUUUCUUGUGCAUUAAGGUCAAAGAAAUGGGAUAUGUACCAGAGUAGGACAGAACUUAGUCACCUGGCAGUGAACCACGAUACGGGGACAGUCUAUUUAGGAGCCGUAAACACCCUGCAUCAACUCACAAAAGACUUGAAACCCUCAAUAGAUGAAGUAAUCACUGGGCCACAUUUGGAUAACAAAAAAUGCACACCUCCCAUUGAAGAAAGCCAGUGCUCUGACAAACAAAUGACAGACAAUUACAACAAAUUACUGUUGGUGGACACGCAAGAGAAAAGAAUAGUCGUUUGUGGGAGUCUAUUUAGGGGCAUAUGCUCCAUAAGAGAACUUGAAAAUAUUUCCAACAGGACUUACUAUGAGACUGGCAGUGGAGAGAAAUCUUUUGUUGCAAGUAAUGAUGAGAAUGUAGCCACGGUGGGGCUGAUCACCUCCUUGAAAAAAGGCCGAAUGAUGUUUGUGGGGAAGGGCAAUGGGGGAAAUGACAACGGGGUCAUAAUCAGCACUCGACAGCUUUUUAAUGGAGAUGGGAGAGAGAUUUUUGAAUUGUACGCGGAUCCUGCUGCUAUUAAAUCGGCAUACCCUUACUCAAGCUCACAGCAGUUCCUCUAUAUCUUUGAGGACAAUAAGUUUGUUUAUUUUAUUUUCAAUCAGAAUGAGAGGCAGGCCACUAUAAAUAGGACACUUAUUGGGCGACUCUGCAAAGAAGAUGAACAUUAUCAUUCCUAUUUUGAAAUGGACUUGGAGUGUAAAGAUGACACCGGCCCUUUCAAUCAAAGCAAUGCAAUCUAUGCUUCUGUCCAUGGGGAACACCCAACACAUCAUCUAGCAUCCUCAGAGCAAGCUUUUGAGGCCCCACCACAGGACAAGCUGCUCAUUGGCCUUUUCAGGAGGAUGGAAAAAGACUCCUUGGUGUCUGCCAUGUGUGUUUAUAAUUUGAGCGAUAUCAACAAAAAAAUGGAAGAAUACAGGGAGAAAUGUUAUACAAAGGAUUCGCGUAAUGUAUUUUACAAACCAUUCAGAACAGAAAAUGCUCCAUGCAAAACUAUGUCGCACCAGAAUUCAAGUGUAACAUUUCCCUGUGGCUCUGAACAUUUGCCGUAUCCUUUGGGAAGCAAAGAAGGAAUUUCUGCAGAACCUGUGUUCAAAAAGGAAGGGAUAAAUUUAACAGCAGUGACCUUUGCUGUGGAGAAUGGGAAGACUGUAGUAUUUGUUGGAACAUCAGAUGGCAGAAUUCUGAAGGUAGCUUUGUCAAAUCCUGCAAAGGAAUAUGCUAGCAUUCUUAUUGAAAAAAACAAGCCUAUAAAAAAGGAUCUUCUUCUUGAUGCUGUCCAUGAGAACUUAUAUGUGAUGACUACAGAUAAGGUAUUUCGUUUGCCUGUUCAAGAUUGUGUUAGUUACUCAACCUGUAACCUUUGCACCCAAGCACGAGAUCCUUACUGUGGCUGGUGUGUAACAGAAGGAAAAUGCACAAGGAAAAAGGACUGUGGAAGAUCAGCUAGGGAAAAUAAUUGGCUUUGGAGUCCUAAUGGUGUUUGUUUGAGUAUAACAAGUGCUAACCCUCAAAAUAUGAGCCGGAAAGUUCUGAGCAAGGUAGAAUUUACUAUAAGCCCUUUGCCAGACUUAAAUGAAGAUGACCAGCUUUGGUGUCAGUUUGGUGAAAUGAGGCAGAAGGCAGAGAAACAAGGUGAUGCUGUUAUCUGCCAACCUCCAAAUCAAAUUCCUCCAACAACCAAAGGCCAAGAUUCUGUCCUGGUUCUGGUAAAUCUAACCUUUGGAGAUAAUAUAUUUUUUGCAUCGGGUACAUAUCCUUUUUAUGACUGUGGAGAAGCUAUAAAUCAUAUUGAAAAUGAGCCGUGUUAUUCCUGUGCAAGCAGUAGAUGGAAUUGCCAAUGGGACUGGAAGAAUCAUGUCUGUGAAGAUGCUUCUGUAGAGCAGGAUGUGAUUAAACAGAAUAUGGAAGAAGAAUGUCCACACUUUUUAAAUCCCAGUCCUGAAAUAAUACCAAUGGAGGUCUCAACAAAAGUUUAUUUUGAAGGAAAGAAUCUAGAUAAUUAUCAGGAUAGAACUUUCAAAAUUGGAAAUAAUCAGUUUGAAUUUGAGACCACAGUGGAAGAAACAGAAAAUGGAAAAUAUUUCUUUGAAAGCCCAGAGAUUACCAAUAUUGAAAAUGAAACUCUACCAUUGAGUUUAUUCAUCAAAACAGAUAAAGAUAAAAUUGAUAGCAAGUUAAUUGUGACUUUAUAUAGCUGUUCUUAUGGUCGGGAUGACUGCAGCUUAUGUCUUGCGGCUGAUCCACAGUACCAGUGUGUCUGGUGUGAAGCCAGCGAUGGUUGUGUUUUCACAAAACGUUGCUUAUUUUCUACAACUACCUGUCCUGCUCCAGUCAUUACUCAGAUUGAACCAAAGAAUGGACCUUUAAGUGGUGGGAUUUUGUUAACGAUAAGAGGAUCUAACUUGGGCGUAAAGGCUGAAGAUGUUGAAGAAAUAAUGGUAGCCAACACUGAAUGUCAAUUUAGAAAAGAAUUCUACUCUGUUUCUACCAAAAUUGUAUGUGAAGUUGGGCAUGGAUCAGUAGAAAAAACAGGUGAAAUUCAAGUUAAUAUAAAUGGACAAUACGGCACAUCCACAAAUGAAGUGCAAUUUACAUAUCAGGAUCCUAUACCUACAGGAAUAAAUCCUCUGAGAGGUCCCCAAGCUGGAGGAACAGUUCUAACUAUCAGUGGCACAAACUUAGCCACAGGUUCUAUUCAAGAUGUUAGUGUUUACCUUGAUGAAGGACCCUGUAGAGUUAUCUCAUUUGGGCAAGAAAUCGUUUGUGUAACUGGACCAAACAGCAAGAAGGGGCCUGUUUCUGUAACCUUACAGCAUGGAAACACCAAAAAAGAAAUACAAAAUGUACAAUUUACUUAUAGUGAAAACCCUACUGUUAGCAAGAUCACCCCUGAAGUCAGCAUUCGCAGUGGAGGACGAAAUAUUACUGUACUUGGUGCUGGGUUUGAUAUCAUUCAGAAGUUCUCUGUGGAACUUAAAUUCAAGCCUUUUACAGAUAUAUCAUCAAGGAGAAGGAGGAGGAGACAAAUAGAGAGACAUCGAAAGUUUGAAGGAAAAACCAUCUCGAAAAUCAAUGAUACUGCAUUAGUCUUCUUAUCUCCACCAGUACUGGAAGAUCCAGAACAUUAUCAAAUUUUUAUACUUAUUAAAAUGGAUGGUCAUGUGGUGGAGCGUCAGGACUUUCAAUAUGUUGCUGAUCCAACUUUUGAAAACUUUACCGAUGGAGUCAAAAAGCAGGUCAACAAACUUAUUCAUGCAAAGGGUAGUAAUCUGAACAAAGCAAUGACAAUCGAUGAGGCUCGUGCAUUUGUAGGAGAAGAACCCUGCAACAUAACAACUCUAACUGAGAAGGAUUUAUAUUGUGAACCGCCUGAAGAUCAACCUUUACCCAAGCGGAGGCAAAAAAGAGAUACGGUCAACAACCUUCCAGAAUUCAUCGUAAAAUUUGGCUUCAAAGAAUGGGUCCUAGGAAGAGUGGAGUAUGCUCAAGUCAGCGAUGUGCCACUGAGUCUGAUUUUGACAUUGGUAAUUAUCCCCAUGGUGGCCAUUAUCAUCAUCUCAGUCAUUUGCUACAGACGGAAAAGUCAACAAGCAGAACGAGAAUACGAAAAAAUUAAAUCACAACUCGAAGGCUUGGAGGAAAGCGUCAGAGAUCGGUGCAAAAAGGAAUUUACAGAUUUAAUGAUAGAAAUGGAGGAUCAGACAAAUGACAUCAAUGAAGCAAGAAUUCCGGUGCUCGACUACAAAACCUAUACAGACAGAGUCUUCUUUCUGCCCUCUAAAGAUGGAGAAAAAGAUGUAAUGAUCACUGGAAAAUUGGACAUUCCUGAAGCCAGACGGCCAACUGUAGAACAGGCGUUGAAUCAGUUCUCCAAUCUGCUCAACAGUAAAUCAUUCCUUAUUAACUUCAUUCACACGUUGGAAAAGCAAAAGGAAUUUUCUGCCCGUGCAAAAGUAUAUUUUGCAUCUCUUUUGACCGUGGCUUUGCAUGGGAAGCUAGAAUACUAUACUGACAUCAUGAGGACCUUGUUUUUGGAACUUAUGGAGCAGUAUGUUGUGGCCAAAAAUCCUAAACUGAUGCUCCGAAGAUCUGAAACUGUUGUGGAAAGAAUGCUUUCUAAUUGGAUGUCCAUUUGUCUGUAUCAGUACCUCAAGGAUAAUGCUGGGGAGCCUCUUUAUAAAUUGUUCAAAGCUAUCAAACAUCAAGUAGAGAAAGGACCAGUAGAUGCUGUGCAAAUGAAAGCCAAAUACACACUGAAUGACACUGGUUUGUUGGGAGAUGAUGUAGAGUAUUCACAAUUGACUGUAAAUGUGAUUGUUCAAGAUGAAGGCACAGAAUCCAUACCUGUAAAAGUGCUCAACUGUGAUACCAUUUCUCAAGUAAAAGAAAAGAUCAUAGAGCAAGUAUAUCGAAAUCUGCCUUACUCACAGUGGCCAAAGCCUGACAGUGUUGUUCUUGAGUGGCGUCCAGGAUCUACUGCACAGAUACUCUCAGACUUGGAUUUAACGUCACAAAGGGAAGGGAGGUGGAAGCGCAUCAAUACCCUGAUGCACUAUAAUGUAAGAGAUGGUGCUACCCUCAUCUUGUCAAAAAUGGGGAUUUCUCAGCAGCCAGAAGAUCACCAACAAGACAUGCCAGAGGAACGACAUGCUUUAUUGGAAGAAGAAAAUAAGAUCUGGCAUCUAGUUCGACCAGUAGAUGAAGUUGAUGAAGGUAAAUCAAAAAGAGGGAGUAUGAAGGAGAAGGAAAGGACCAAAGCUAUCACUGAAAUCUACCUGACGAGGCUACUUUCUGUGAAGGGUACACUUCAACAAUUUGUAGAUAACUUUUUCCAUAGUGUACUUGAUUCACAUCAUGUUGUUCCACCAGCUGUGAAAUAUUUCUUUGACUUUCUUGAUGAGCAAGCAGAGAAGCAUGACAUCAAAGAUGAGGACACCAUCCACAUCUGGAAAACAAACAGCUUGCCCCUUAGGUUCUGGGUGAACAUUUUGAAAAAUCCCCAUUUCAUUUUCGAUGUUCACGUUCAUGAAGUAGUAGAUGCUUCCUUAUCAGUCAUCGCACAAACUUUCAUGGAUGCUUGCACAAGAACAGAGCACAAACUAAGCAGGGAUUCUCCAAGUAACAAGUUACUCUAUGCAAAAGAGAUCUCUACAUAUAAGAAAAUGGUGGAAGAUUAUUAUAGAGGUAUUCGCCAGAUGGUACAAGUGAGUGAUCAAGAUAUGAAUACACAUUUAGCAGAGAUUUCUCGAGCCCACACAGACUCAUUAAACACCCUUGUGGCUUUACACCAGCUCUACCAAUAUACUAACAAGUACUAUGAUGAGAUUAUAAAUGCACUAGAAGAAGACCCAGCUGCACAAAAAAUGCAGCUUGCUAUUCGAUUACAACAAAUAGCAGCUGCUUUAGAGCAUAAAGUGACUGACCUUUGAUUUGAAAGCUGCAAUAAAAAAGGCUGAUCUGAAGAUGUGUAAAUUCAUUCUCCCUAAUAAGAAAAUAGUGUUCUAUUUUUUAAUGUGUAAUUACAGUUUUAAAUGAAAAAACAAAAGGCUUCUUUUUUAUAUAGAACCACUGUAAUGUAAAGAGUUUUUACUGUAAAUUAUGCUUCUAAUUAAAAUCUUGUGUGGUGUAUAAAUGAAUUUCCAGAGGGACAUGAGGGAAGUCCAUAGGGGGAAGGGAGGGUGGGGGGCAGUUAUACUCAUUUAAUCAAAUAGUACAAUUUUUGAAACAUCAGCGUUUUUUAGAAGUCAUUAUGCUAGUAAAAUCACUACCUAUAAUUUCUUUAUAUUUUAAGCAAUAUUUGUACUAGAAAAAACAAUAGCAUAUUGGAAAGAUAAAUGCAAUAUCCCCUUUUAAUUUCAAUAACUGGAAAUAGCUUUUUUCCCCCUCUUUUUUUUUGAAAAACCUGUCAUCUAUCUUCUGCUUCUGAGGAGGAUAUAAACAAUUUAUUUGCGAUGACUUUCCUUUUAGGAGUUUGCAGUGGAUUGGGGUACUAUAUUUCUUUUACAUUCAUGUGAAUGUUAAAUGCUAAAACACGUGGUUGUAACUACUGCCCCCAAACCCACUUUUUCACAGUCUAAGGGAGAUGAUGCUGUAGGUUUAUUGUGAGGGUUUGGGUUUUUUUAAUCUUGGAAGGUGUCUUGGAAGUCUCUAAGAACAUAACUUUCAAUCUUGUGUGCCAGCUUUAGCAUACAACAUAAAUACUCGAACUUUGGAUGGUGUUUGUAUUCCUCAGUAGGAAAUGGGAUGAAGUCCCAAGGUACUUCUAAAGAGCCAAAGUUGAUCCAGUGUACCAUUGGCCCAAAAUGGAACCAGAAAGAUAGAAAACCCUUUUCUCUGACACUUUGAGUAAAGUGAUUGUUACGCAUGUCAAUCUACUGUUACAUUUGGAAUCUGCAAUACCCACCAUGGGCAGUUACCCUUGGGGCAUAGUUUUAGCUGCAUCAAGGAUAAUGCAAUGUACAUGGCUGCUUUUCUGAGUUAGCAAGUGUCUAAGAUUCAGAAAUACCUGGUUCUGAAUCUGGAUUAGGCUCUUCUUAUUUGCAGACCAUUUCUUAAAAUCCCUGAUGAAAAAACAAAUUCUAUUUGUUCAAAAGAUUGUCAAAUCAAACUGGCUUUUCCUUUUGUUCUUUUUUAAUUGUUAAUUAUUAUAUAUGCUAAUGUGCCUUACUUGUACUAAUUAUGUGGAUCUGAAUGGUUUUGUAAAGAGAAUCAUAUCAAAAAUAUUUAUGUGUGGUUUGAUGACUUUUGUGAGAAAAUUUGACCAGCAGAAUGCCUGUAAUUAGCUUUUUGCCAAUAAUGUGCAGUUUGACCUGAUUCAAAUAUGUGUAUCUUUGUUGAAAUGGUUCAUAGGAUUUUUAAAUCGAAUUUUCACAUUAUCCUGGGAAGAUUGCUAUUAGAUUGUUUUAAAACACAAGUAGAAACAAAGAAUACCCUGUUGUCUGAAAUAUAAAAUACUAAUUGUAAAGAAAUUCCAUGCCUUGUCAAGGAUAAACACUAUCUGAGCCUUGGAAAACUGCAGUGAAUAGAAUUAUUACCUUUGCAGUUGAAAUUAAAGUACCUUAUUGAGUAUGUAAUGUGUGUGGACAGUAUUAGCUUAUAGGCAAGUUUAUAAAAUUUGAUAUGUAAUCUUAAAAUGUCGUGUCACACAUGUAUACACACAUAAGCAAUCUCGGUUACAUUUAUUUUUCACAAUAAGAUGGAUUAUUUUGGUAAUUCAAUAGCAUUUUCCAGGUAGUGCUGUUCUUUGGUACUUUAAACCUGCUUUGCUCUUAACAUGAUAACAAUUUUAUUUGCUACCUCUCUCUGUAUUGAAGUUGAUCUCAGCUUUUGUCCUGACGUCAGUUUUAAAAUGUAUUUUAUUAAUCUUUUGAUUUCUGUAGAGUGAAUUACAGACAGUAUUGGCUGGUGACAAUGUCAUUGCCUACUGUAGGGGAAUUGCAGAAGCAAAAGAGGGAAACAGCAUACUGCUUUUCUUGUUUUCCUUUUGUUUUCUUACAUUGUAUGCACACCUUAGCAUAUGGAACUAUGAAUUGUUUGGAUGAGUUUACCUACGAAUUCUGGAUCAAACGAAUUCUGGAUCAAACUAAGCUUCUUUUACUCGCCUUCUGACUGAUCAACAAACAUGCUUACCUGCUUUGUUUUGUCUUUGUUUGUAAAUCCUGUUAAUUGUAAAUCAAAUACAAGGGGUUUUUGUUUUCCACAAA